AUGGCGGACAUCAGCCCUGCCUCCCGGGCUUCCCUGCAGCUGUGCGGUGUGGAGGCUGAGAAGGACAGCCUCUGCUCUGAGAGUGAAACCGGAUGGAGCCUCUGCCCGCGCUUCCCAGCCAUCAGCCAUCAGCCACGUGGUCACCGCAGGAGGGCAGCGGGCUGCACUCCCGGCAGGAGGGACCCCGGUCCCUCCGGGGUUUUCCUCAUCAGUCCCGCCACGCCACUGGGGGAGGCCUUGUCCUCUGCCAGGGCCUGUCCCUGCUGCAGCCUGGUGCCCUCUUUCCCGCAGGAGGGGAUCAAUAUCACCCUGGACCACCGCUGCCGUAUCUUCCAGAAUCUGGAUGGAGCCUUGGAUGAGGUGGUGCUCAAGUUUGAAAUGGGCCAAGUGAGAGCAAGGAACCUGGCUUACGACACCCUCCCAGUCCUGAUUCAUGGCAAUGGGCCUACCAAGCUGCAGCUGAACUACCUGGGCAACUACAUCCCACGCUUCUGGACCUUUGAGACGGGAUGUGCUGUGUGUGAUGAGGGCCUGCGCAGCCUCAAGGGCAUCGGGGAUGAAGCUCUGCCCACCGUCCUGGUUGGCGUGUUCAUCGAACAGCCCACGCCGUUCCUGUCCCUGUUCUUCCAGCGGCUCCUGCGCCUCCACUACCCCCGGAAACGGCUGCGGCUUUUCAUUCACAGCCAUGAGCAGCAACAUAAGACUCAGGUGGAGCAGUUCCUGGCAGAGCAUGGCAGCAAGUACCAGUCUGUGAAACUGCUGGGCCCCGAGGUGCGGGUGGCGAACGCGGACGCCAGGAACAUGGGCGUGGACUUGUGCCGGCAGGACCGUGGCUGCACCUACUACUUCAGCGUGGAUGCCGAUGUGGCCCUGAUGGAGCCCAAAACCCUGCAGCUGCUAAUCGAGCAGAACAAGAAUGUCAUCGGCCCUUUGAUGACCCGCCACGGGAGGCUGUGGUCGAACUUCUGGGGGGCGCUGAGUGCAGAUGGCUACUAUGCCCGCUCCGAGGACUAUGUGGACAUUGUGCAGGGGCGGCGUGUCGGCGUCUGGAACGUGCCCUACAUCUCAAACAUCUACCUGAUCAAGGGCAGUGCCCUGCGGGCUGAGCUGCAGGAGAUGGACCUAUUCCACCACGGGAAGCUGGACCCGGACAUGGCCUUCUGUGCCAAUAUCCGGCAGCAGGAUGUGUUCCUGUUCCUGACCAACCGGCACGCCUUUGGCCACCUGCUGUCCCUGGACAGCUACCAAACCACCCACCUCCAUAACGACCUCUGGGAGGUGUUCAGCAACCCCGAGGACUGGAAGGAGAAGUACAUCCACGAGAACUACACCAAGGCCCUGGCAGGGAAGAUGGUGGAGAUGCCUUGCCCAGACGUCUACUGGUUCCCCAUCUUCACGGAGACGGCCUGUGAUGAGCUGGUGGAAGAGAUGGAGCACUACGGCCAGUGGUCUCUGGGAGAUAACAAGGACAACCGCAUCCAGGGUGGCUAUGAAAACGUGCCGACCAUAGACAUCCACAUGAACCAGAUCAACUUUGAGAGGGAGUGGCACAAGUUCCUGGUGGAGUACAUCGCCCCCAUGACGGAGAAACUCUACCCGGGCUACUACACCAGGGCCCAGUUCGACCUGGCCUUUGUGGUCCGCUACAAGCCUGACGAGCAGCCCUCCCUGAUGCCCCACCAUGACGCCUCCACCUUCACCAUUAACAUUGCCCUGAACCGGGUUGGGGUGGAUUACGAGGGCGGGGGCUGUCGGUUCCUGCGCUACAACUGCUCCGUUCGAGCCCCACGGAAGGGCUGGACUCUCAUGCACCCCGGGCGACUCACGCACUACCACGAGGGGCUCCCCACCACCAAAGGCACCCGCUACAUCGCAGUCUCCUUCGUCGAUCCCUAAUUGGCCUGGCCCGGCCACCACAGACCUUUUCCUCUUUGUCAACAACCACUGCCCAGCAGCCUCUGGGACCUCGGGGUCCCAGGGAACCAGAUCCAGCCUCCAGGCUCUUGACCUCUCAUUGCUCUUGGAGCCGCCAUCCGAGAGACUGGGCCACAGGCUAGAGGCAGAGCACACCUCCUUGGCUGGGACUUUCCUGGUGCUCUGGACGCAGCCCCGGGAGAAACUGUUCACUUUCACUGCUUCGUAGCAACUCGUCCUUUCCCAUCCCUCUUCCUGAAAAACCCAGUCCCACUUCCUCUGCUUCUUCCAAGGGGCAACACUUGAGCAGCAGAGGGGCUGACCCAGCUGCCCAGAGAGACUCUCGGGGUGAGAAGCCACGCCCCAGAGCUUCUCCCCGGCAGAGCUGCAGCCCCGGGGACUUCUGCUUCGAGCUUCAGGGUUGUCACCGAGACCUGGAUCAGACUCAAGUCCCCACCCUGACCGUGGGACUGCUGAAGCCCCAUCCUCCCUGGCUCCUAUCAUGAGAGCAAAACUCUGUCCCUUGGAGACGGUGACUGAGAAAACCUCCUAGGAGACAGGAAAUGCACGGAUGCCACAGCUCCAUCCUCUACUUGACCCUUGCUGGGGGCGCGGAGCAGGGAGUGGUAUGUCCACACACUGCACUGCGUCACCCUGUCCUGAAUGCCUCCAGAGAGAGGGACAGGCAGUCAGAAACAGGAGAGUUUCUACUAAAGGUCAUUCAAACCACUGAGUGGGAGAUGCUGGGGUGGGCGGGUGUAUACAUGUCAGGGCGGGUGUCUGCAGGGAGAAACUUUAACAGCUCACGAUUGGCAAGGAAGGCCGGCCGUGGGUGACUUGGCAGAUUGGGUCAGGCAGACUGGGUGACUUGUGUUUCCCACACCCAGUCGCAUGUGAUCUCCAUGUAAUUUGUAUAUUCCAUAAACCCUCCGUAUAAGCCAGGCACUGCUACCUGGGGCAUACUGUGUCGUCUCUUAAGAUCU